AUGAACGGCAACGCACCUGCAACAGCAGGCUUGGACGGUGUGGAUGCUUUGGGCGCCAGAGGAAGCAGCAGCGGCGGAGGAGGCGCCGAGGGAGCCUUGCUGCCCAGAAAUAAUGCUGUCGGAGGUGGAGGCGGAGGAGCAGGCGCAGGCGCCGGUGGAGCAGGUGGAGCAGGCGCCGGUGGGGCUGGUGGCGGCGCAGCAGGCACAUGUGAUGGAGGCGGCGGAGCUGCAGCAGGGGGUGGAGAGGAGCGUCUCUUGUUGAUUUCAGCCAAGAAAGGAAGCCCACCCGGAGGCGGCGCAGGUGCUGAUGGCGGUGGUGGCGCAGCAGCCGGCGUUGGUGGUGCUGGCGCUGGAGGUGCUGGCACGGGAGGUGCUGACAGCGGCGACGAUCUGGCGUUGAUCUCUGCCAAAAACGGAAGUCCUGACGGAGGAGGCGGCGGGUUCGACGGUUUCUCCGCAUGCAGAAGGCCUCCCGGCGGCGGCGGAGGCACUGGCGGCGGUCCAGCACUGGGGACCGGCGGCGGCACGUCCUCGGCGGAAAUGGCGGAGCUGACGGAGCUGACAGACGCUGACUUCAAGUGGCCACGCUUGGCGGGGCGUGCAGGGGGCACACGGAGGCUCAGAGCGGGCGGGUUGGGCAGUUUUGUGCGCGGGACUGGUGGAGCUGCCAGGGGGAUUGGUGGAGCCGCCAGGGGGACCGGUGGAGCUGCCAGGGGGACCGGUGGAGCCGCCAGAGGAAUCGGUGGAGGCGCCAGAGGAAUUGGCGGAGCCAGCAGCGGCGGCCGCGCCAGGGGGUGUUGUGGGCGCGCCAGGGGCACCGACGGAGCCGCCAGGGGGUGCUGUGGGCGUCCCAGGGGAAGCAGCGGCGGCACAGGCGCCAGGGGCACGGGCGGCACAGGCGACUUGCGCUGGUCCGGCGGCGGCGCCGACCUGGGGGCGUUAUUUGCAGCCAUUGCGUCUCCGCCUCUUGCUGGCGCCGUCGGCACCCGCGGAGCGCCAGCAGGGACAAGGCCGCUGCGGUUAUCGACAGAUCGAAGCUUGGGCAUGCCGCCAGCAAAAAUGUCGCCCAAUUGCGGCGGGCCCGGCGGCAUGGGCGCCAGCGCCAGCAGCGGCGCCAGCAGCGUCCGGGGCCCGGCAGACGGCGCCGCCGCAACGCUGGUUUUCCCGUCAAUGAGCGGCUUGGACUUAUCAACCGUGACGGUUUUCUUGAGUUUCAUGCCCUUCUGGAUAUCGCCGAGAAGAGCGUCGCGGCCGGCUGGCAUGCCACGCGGCGCCGAAUUGGCCACGGAGAGAUUGGGCGGAGCCAAGUUGGGCGGCGGGGGCGGUGGCGGGGCGGGCAUGGGAAAAGAAGAAGUAGUUGGCGGAGGUGAGAAGGUGUGGGCGUGCGCGCACCGCUACAUCAAGAGGCUGUGGGGGUGUAUGAAGGAAGAAGUCUGGGUAAGACAAAAUAGAGAAGCCACGAUAGUUUCGGUUUGUAUUACACACGCAUUGUCACUUCAACAUUCUACUGUUUCCAAGUGA